AUGUCUAAAUUAACGGUAACAAAUUUUAGUAAAAGAACAGGGAGUCCUUUUCAAAGUAAAACCAAUGAAACAUCAGAAGAACCGAAGGCAGUUAAACAUGAAGAAGUACUGACGAAAGUAAACAUUGAAAAACAGAAGGAAAAGCAAAGUGAAUUACUACAGAAAGUAAAUAAAAAGACAGCUGAGUAUCAAGCGAAUAAACCUAGUUCAGGAGUCUUUACUGAGGUAGUGACGCAUGGCGCCUUUACUGGUAAGACUACAAAUAAAAACAUACCAAAAACAGAAAAUGUUGCGUCACAACCCAAAUCUACUAAUGGAUCCAAUGGCGCUAAAUUGCUUGGUUUUCCGUCGUCAGCGAAUGAUUUAGCAUUAGAUGCUAAAUCUGAUUUAGAAUCAGAUCCCAAUAUCACAAAAGAAGUCAAACAAAAAGUGAUAGACAAGCUUUUUACUUUAGUAUCUAUGGUUCAGCAUACGUACGAGUCUAAAGUUAGAAUACUGACUGAAUAUGAAAAAUUUAAAGAUACACAUUUAAAAAAUGAACUAAGAAGAGAGAAGGAACAUUCCGAACAAUUAUACAAAAUAAAUAUGAAUUUUCAAAACGAAGUAAUUCAAUCAAUACAACAGCUAAAGAGUGAACUCGAUAUUUCUAGAAAUAUUGUAAAGAAAAUGGAAAAAAGCAGUACAAACGUGGAUCUCAAUGACUGUCCCGUCGAUUUUAAUACGUCAGAAGAAACUGUUUCUAAUUCUCAUACGACAAAAGAAAACGAUAGUAAUGCAAUCAGAGAGACCGAAUCUGAAUUAGAAAAUAAUGACAAUAAUAUAUAACCAAUCUUUUGAAUUAGUGCAAAACGAAAGAAGUUUGUCAAUUUAAUUAUUAAUGGCUACCAUACUGGACACAUCGUGGACUGGUACAAAAUUAUUUGACAGAUAAUCGUUUUUUUUAAUAUGUUGGCUGGUUUUUUAUAUCUAAGAUUAAACAUUUGAAGACCAGGGAAUUAUUGCUGUGAUAUCCAGUAGGUACUCAUUAUAUUUUUCAUAUGUAUAU